AUGACAAUGGACGCUCUCCAACUAGCCAACACUGCCUUUGCUGUUGAUAUGUUCAAAAAACUAUGCGAGAAGGACAAAACAGCCAAUAUUAUAUUUGCCCCACUGUGUACCUCCACGUCCCUGGCUCUGGCAUAUAAAGCUACGAAAGGUGAUACUGCAGACCAAAUGAAGCAGGUACUUCAUUUGCAAGAUGUCAAAGAUGUUUCUUUUGGGUUUCAAACAGUUACUUCAGAUGUUUCCAAACUCAGCUCUUUCUUUGCACUGAAAAUGGUCAAACGGCUCUUUGUAGACAAGUCUCUUAAUCCUACCACAGACUUUGUCAACUCCACAAAGAGGCCUUUUCCGUCUGAACUGGAAUUAGUGGAGUUCAAAGAAAAAACAGAGGAAACCCGACAGAAGAUCAAUAAGUCUCUUUCAGAGCUAACUGAUGGCAAAAUGGAGAAUAUUUUGAAUGAGGAUAGCGUAAGCGACCAGACUCAGAUCCUCCUAGUUAAUGCGGCUUAUUUUGUCACAAACUGGAUGAAGAAGUUCCCAGAGGCAGAGGUCAAAGAAUGUCCUUUUAAAGUCAACAAGACUGAAACUAAACCAGUGCAAAUGAUGAAUCUGGAAGCUACUUUUUGCCUGGGCUACGUAAAAGAUUUAAAUGUUGCCAUCCUUGAGCUUCCAUGCCUUAACAAACAUAUAAGUAUGCUCAUUCUACUGCCCAAAGAGAUUGAAGAUGAGACCACUGGCUUGGAGCAGCUGGAAAAGGCGCUCACUCCUGAGACAUUAUUACAGUGGACCAACCCCAGCAUGAUGGCCAACACCAAAGUGAAUGUAUUUCUUCCAAAGUUUAGCGUGGAAGGUGAUUAUGACCUGAAGCCACUUCUGGAAAGCCUGGGAAUGACAAACGUCUUCAAUGAGAGUGCAUCAGAUUUCUCUGAGAUGUGUGAGACGAAAGGUGUGGUUUUGUCAAAGAUCAUCCAUAAAGUCUCUUUGGAAGUAAAUGAACAAGGUGGCGAGUCCCGAGAGGUACCAGGAUAUCGGAUUCUGCAACAUAAAGAUGAAUUUAAAGCCGACCAUCCAUUUAUCUUUUUGUUUAGGCACAACAAAACUCGCAAUGUGAUUCUUUCAGGCCGAUUCUGUUCCCCUUAA